UUUUUUUCUCAGUUAGUAGCUUGUGCAAUGGCAGACUCUUCUGUUUAUAUUUUUGAUAUUGCCGGUCGUGGUGGUGUUUUAUCCAAAAUUCGUUAUCCAUCAUCGACAGGCGGAGGUGCCAGUUCUUAUUUUCAUUCACCGUCAUCUGCAAUUGGUGGACUUUCUUCUUUAUUUUUAAAACAUACAAGAAGGAGAAGUAGUAGUGGUGGAAGUAGUGCUGAUGGAACUACGUCUCAAAACACAGCAAAUAUGCUUUCUCCUGGCCGUACUUCAAAUAAUAAACUUUUACAAAAUCAACAAACACAAAUUCAACCAAUUCCUGCAGCAAUGCGUUUCCAUCAAUAUCGUGUUCUUCUUGGUGUAGCAACAGUUGAGGGCCAAUUCCGAGCUUUUUCUAUGCCAAACGUGGAUUCAUCAAGUAAAUAG